GUGGGUUUGAUAAAUACAUACAGACGGCUGAACUCAAUGACGACGAAAGUUUCAUUUUUACUCUCUUGAAACACCCUCUGAGCGGGCAAGACUCUGAAAUAAACAGAUGACCAAUCGUGAAGUCGUUCCCGAGCUCCUUGAGUGAAGAUGGCGCAGGCACUAUCAGAGGAGGAGUUCCAUCGAAUGCAGGCUCAGCUGUUGGAGCUGAGAACACAGAACUAUCAGCUGUCAGAUGACCUGCGCAAAAACACAGCAGAGCUGAACAAUGUCCGCCAGAAGAUCUCGACCUUGGAAAAAGAUUAUGUCAAAGCACAGAAGGCUCUGAAUAAGAGUAAGAAAGCUCAGGAGGUCGAUGCCUUGCUCAGCGAGAAUGAGAUGCUUCAGGGGAAACUCCACAGUCAGGAGGAUGACUUCAGACUGCAGAACAGUACCCUGAUGCAAGAGCUGUCCAAGUUGUGUGCCCAGAUUGAGCAGCUGGAGCUGGAGAACAAGAGCCUGAAGGAGGACAAAGGCCUGCAGGCUCCUCCCUCCACGCCUUCCCCAGGCCCUGUGGACGGGGAACUCUUACGCCUGCAGGCAGAGAAUUCUGCCUUACAGAAGAAAUUAACAGCCCUGCAGGAACGCCACGAGAGCCAGCUAAAGAGUCCGAGGGGAGCAGAGGUCAAUGACGUGAGAGCCGGCGUGAUGGAUGGCCAGGCCGACGCUAAUGGAGUACAGUCCCACGCUGACGUCAGCGGCCCUGGGGAGGACACUGCGGAUGGAGAGACCCACAGUCUGGAGCAGGCUGAGGCCAGGUGUGCCAAACUGGAACAGCGAGUAAAUGAACUAAGCGAACUGGAACUCAAGCUUCAAACCGAAACGGAGGAGAAACACUUGUUAAAAGAACAGCUUCAGGCACUAGAGACAUCUAAACAGACUGACAUUGCAAAACUUCAGGAGGAACUGACUAAGCUCACUGAUAAAUUGAAGAAAAAGCAGGAUAGCUUCCUGCGGCUGCAAAGUGAAAAAGAGGCGCUCUACAACGACAGCAGGACUAAAAUCGAGGAGAUCCAGCAAAGAAAGGAAGAUGAGCUAAAAUCCAUGAAUGUUCGCGUCCAGAAAUUACAGACAGACCUGAUGUCUGCCAACCAGACUAUCAGCGAACUGAAAGAGCAGUUGCAGAGUAAACAGAAAGAACAUGACUUGGCUCUCCACUCCCUCAAAGAUCAGGUAGCGUGUCAGAGUGCAGUGAGUCAGGAGCAGGUGGAGAGCAUCCUGAGUGAGAACGAUGCUCUCAGGACUAACCUAGCUGCUCUAGAACAGAUCCAGACGGUGAAAACCCAAGAGCUGAACCUCCUGCGGGAGCAGAACAUGGCCGUCAACGCGGAGCUGCAGCAGAGACGGACGGAGCAGGAGAGCCUUCUGGCCCAGAGAGACGACCUCCACUCCCAGCUCCAGGAGUCAAGCCGUGCUAACAGCAGACUUCUUGAGCAGCUCACUGAACUGAGCCAGGAAAAAGAACGGUUACAGCAGGAACUCGAUGAAGCCAGAAAGACGGCCGACAAGCGGAAGGCGAUGCUGGACGAGAUGGCCAUAGAGAUGGCCCAGGAGAAGUCCCAGCACAAAGAGGAGCUGAGCGACGUGAGGUUGCAGCACGAGAAGGAGGUGCUGGGAGUCAGGGCGCGUUACGAGAAGGAGCUAAGAGGCCUCCACGAGGAGAAGAACCGCACCGAGGAGGAGCUCCGCGCGCAGCUGAGAGAGGAGAAGGCUCGGACCAAAGAGCUGGAGGGUUUACAGCAGAGCGUAGAGGAGCUCCAGGCUCAGGUCCAGGCUAUGGAAGGCACCAAGGGCUGGUUUGAACGCAGACUGAAGGAGGCAGAGGAAACCGUGGAGAAGAACUCUCUGGAACACCAGGAGGAGAUCAAGAAACUGCAGAGUGAACACGUUCUUCAGCUGGAGGCCAAAGCAUCUGAAAUCGAGGCAGUAAAACAACAAAUUGCACAGAUGGAGAAAGAGCGAGAGGAACUCAACGCGACCAUAGGAAAACUAAAACAGGAGAUUAAAGACACUGUGGAUGGACAGAGGAUACUGGAGAAGAAGGGCAGUUCGGCUCUUAAAGACUUGAAGAGGCAGUUACACCUGGAGAGGAAGAGAGCUGAUAAGCUUCAGGAGAGACUUCAGGAGAUUCUGACCAACACUAAGACGAGGACAGGACUGGAGGAGCUGGUGCUGUCGGAGAUCAGCUCACCCAGUCGCACCCAGCAGACCGGUGACAGCAGCAGCGUCUCAUCCUUCAGCUACAGAGAGAUAAUGAAAGAAGGCACAUCCGCUCAGGGCUCCAGUAAGUCCAACACCAGUAGCCCGCAAUCCCAGCGCCCGGCCGACCUGUCGGACGACGAAGUCGGCGAGCUCUUCCAGAGGCUGGCCGAGGUCCAGCAGGAGAAAUGGAUGUUAGAGGAGAAGGUGAAACACUUGGAGGUGAGCUGUUCGUCAAUGGCUGAUGACAUCUGUAAGAAAAGUGCCAUAAUUGAAGCUUACGUCAUGGACAGCAGGAGAGAUUUAUCGGGAGGCGCCUCGGUGGCCCACGGGGUUCAGGGCGAGCGCGGGGGCCUGGGCUCGGUCCUGAGAGACCUGGUCAAACCGGGAGACGAGAAUCUACGCGAGAUGAACAAGAAGCUGCAGAACAUGCUGGAAGAACAACUGACCAAGAACAUGCACUUACAGAAGGACCUCGAAGCGUUGUCUCAGGAGAUUGUCCGCCUAAGCCGAGACACGGGUACUGGAGAGGGCCCAAAAGCCACGGGUUAAGACAGGACAACGUUCCAGAACGACCCGUUCAGCACCUUCCAUACAUCGUCUCAUCACUCGUUCCUAUGGCUACCAAGAGGAUAACUACACCUAGCAGCCUCUGGCUGAAACAUCAGAUGAAGCAGGAGAGAGAGAGAGAGAGAGAGAGAGAAGGGAGCUCAUUUGCAAUGUAUGUACUACUGAAUGUACUUUCUGUAACACUUCUGUGCGUAUUUUUUUUUUUCUUCCCCCCCCCUUCUCCUGUGACGCCCGAGGAACUUGGCAACUUGGCCCCGCGCGUGCAGGGGCUGUCACGUUCGGGAGGGCGGAGGUGUGGGCAGGGCCCAGGGAGGCCGGGACGUUGAGGUCUCCUUAGGCCAAAGCAACACACUAAACGUGCACCUUCAGGAGAGAGAGAGAGAGAGAUUCUGUAAAUGCAGUCAAUAUAGCAACACCUUCCCUGCUUCCUUAAACUGUCUGUGUUACACUGUUGGCCUGUACUGUACAUUUGUUCCACAAAAUAAACUUUUUUUUUUUCUCUUUUAAUUUUUCUGUAAAUAUGAACAUGAAAAUAUGUAAUCUGCUGAAUAGUAAUUUAUUAGUUUAUGAAAAUCUUAACUCUUGUCUGAAUUGAUUAUCCAAAAAAAAGAAAAAA